AUGCCGGAUGACGUAUGGUCGGGGAGCUCCACGUGCUCUCUGUCGAGCUAUGAGAUCUCCGUCCAAAGGAUGAAGCAGCAAUCUCACAAAAACUGGCCGUACUCCUGGGCAAAGAAUGUGGACCCUGCGAUCACCGAGAAGACGCCGCAGGACGAGGCCGAGGUCGCUGGAGUGACGAAAAUCAAAGCUGUCGAAGCGGUUGGCGGAAAGAAGGGGAAAUACUUGAUGUACGCGGGGUUGGCCAUGGUCAUGAUCAUCUAUGAGCUCGACAAUUCGACAGUGGGAACAUAUCGAAACUUCGCGACAUCUGAUUUCCACCAGCUUGGGAUGCUGGCGACCCUUAACACCGCUGCCAGCAUCAUCACCGCUAUCGGCAAGCCGCCUAUCGCCAAGCUAUCGGACGUGCUUGGGCGAGCAGAAGCAUACAUCAUAACUGUUACCUUCUAUAUUCUCUCCUAUAUUCUCUGCGCCUCGUCGAAGUCAUUCAGCACUUAUGCUGGCGGCUACGUCUUCUACUCCGUUGGUCAGGCGGGAAUGGCCAUCCUUAACUCUACCAUUGUUUCGGAUCUGUCCUCUAUGCGCUGGAGAGGGUUCGCCUACAACAUUCUCUAUAUCCCAUUUCUCGUCACGCCGUGGGUUUCCGCCUUCAUUGUCGACAGCGUUGUUCAUGGAAUUGGAUGGCGCUGGGGAAUCGGCAUGUUUGCUAUCUUGAUGCCGUUCUGCGCAAGCUUCAUUAUCAUCACUCUUCUGGUACUCCAGCGGCGCGCAAAAAACGCGGGUCUCAUACUCAAUGAGCGACUCACAAUGUACAGUUUCUGCUCACGGAUCGAUCUUGGCGGCAUCCUCCUUCUCAGCGGCGGGUUUGCGCUGGUCCUGAUACCGAUUACCCUGGCCGCCACUGCGACUGAUCGAUGGUCGACGCCCUGGGUGGAUGCUCUGAUCGUCCUAGGCGCAUUGGUCUUGAUCUCUCUAGUUCCUUACGAGAAAUAUGUCUCGCAACACCCGGUCGUCCCCGUGCGCUACCUCCGGACAGUGUCCGUCGUUAUCUCGGUUCUUCUGGGCUGCAUUGACAAUAUCGGCUACGGAGCAACACAUACCUAUCUCUUCGUCUGGUCGAUGGUGUCGCACAAUUUCUCCCCUCGGGACGCCCAGUUCCUGACCUACACCAACGGAGUCGCGCAGGCAUUAAGUGGCAUGGGGACGGGGCUCCUCAUGUAUCGGUACCGAACGUACAAGUGGAUCGGCGUUGCGGGCGCUGUCAUCCGCAUGAUCGGGUAUGGGGUUAUGGUUCGCCUGCGUACAAAUGAGAGCUCCAUUGCGGAAUUGUUCGUCGUGCAACUUGUCCAGGGAAUUGGCAGCGGCAUUAUCGAAACAAUCAUCAUUGUAGCCGCCCAGAUAUCGGUACCCCAUGCAGAACUCGCCCAAGUCACGUCUUUGGUUAUGCUUGGUACCUUCUUGGGGAAUGGAAUAGGAUCAGCCGUGGCGGGUGCGAUUUAUACUGGCCAGCUGCGAAAUCGGCUGCGAGUGCAUCUAGGCACAAAUGUGGGUGCGGAGCAGCUUACGAGGCUGUAUAACUCUAUUACUGGGACGUUACCGGACUGGGGUACUGCUGAGCGGACCGCUGUGAACCAAGCUGUACAUUACAAUCGCGGCUUUGGCUUUCGCGGUCCCAAUUGUGAUACUGACUUUGUUACUGCCCAACAGAAAACUCGGGUAAGUCUGCUCCCAGCUGUACAAUACACCGCUAAUCUCCCAAGCGACGGACACAACCUCGUACAAGAAGCGCCCUCCCCAGAUUCCCUCGAGAUCAAGAAACCUCAAACGUAG